UGAAUUUUGGUCAAAGUUUAUCAUAAAAAUAAGUAUAAGAAGGGGCUAAUAUUGGAAUCAUAUCUUCAAAUCUAAGUACUCUUUCUCCAUCUCAAAACUUUCUGAUCCACAUCAAAGAUAAUUCUUAAGUUCAAUUUCAUCUUCAAUCAAUGGCUACACAGUUAACUCAAGAAAUUCUUCCACCAUUCCUAGGUUCCAACUCUGAACCACCUUCUGUCUUCGACGGAACCACCAGGUUGUACACAACCUAUUACUGCCCUUUUGCCCAACGUGCCUGGUUAGCGCGAAAUUACAAGGGAUUACAUGAUACAAUCCAAUUAGUUCCAAUUGAUCUAGAUGAUAGACCAGCUUGGUACAAAGAGGUCUACCCAGAAAACAAGGUACCUGCUUUAGAGCACAACAACAAGAUCAUCGGAGAGAGUCUCGACUUGAUCAAAUACAUCGAUGCCCAUUUCGAAGGACCCUCACUUUUCCCUGAGGAUCCUGCUAAGAAAGAGUUUACAGAGGAGUUGUUUGACUAUAGUAACAAGUGGAACCCAACUCUUUUCUUCUACCUUAAAGGAACUAAAUCAGAUGAUGAAAUGAAAACUGCUUUUGACACAUUGGAAGAAUAUUUUUCAAAAUACAACCAUGAAGGGCCUUUCCUCCUUGGUGCCCAAUUCAGCGCGGCCGAUGUUGCAUAUGCUCCAUUUGUACAAAGAUACUAUUACUUGUUUACAGAUUUGCACAAAUACGAUAUUACUGAAGGGAGGCCAAAGCUUGCUGCUUGGCUCAAGGCAUUGGACACAGUUGAGGCUUGCUUGGAAACCAAAUGGGAUGAAGAACUCAACUUAAAGAUCUACAAAAGGCGAAACUUGGGGAUAAUCUGAAGUCUGAACUACGCAAUUGUUGAUGGUCCUAUCUGUGCACUUGACACUUACCAGCUCAGAUCAUUCGUCGAAAAUUUUUACAAUUGUUCUCUAAAACAUGCUCUUGAAUAAAGAAUCUCUCUUUUUAUUUGCUGUUUGUACCUAAACUUGCUACAUGAACAUUGUCAGUUGCCAAUGUAGUAGGAUUUAAUUUAUAAUGUAUUUUGUAUACGUCUUUUAGUACAUACUUCAUUUGUAUAAGGUGUUCCAUUCAUAAUUAUAAAAAAAUUACUCAUUAUUAUA